GAUCGGGGGCGGAGCCUGGACACCAAUGGAGCAAGACGUGUAAAGCUCGAGCUCUCCCGUCCAGGAGUGACAAUCAGCAAGCAUCAGCAGCACCCCCCAGGCAUCCAGCCUUAUAAAUAGGUUAACUGAUUACCACACAGCCACCCGUCAGAAAUACCGAUGGGGGGCACUAAAAAAAGAAAGGAACAACCGACCUCAGUGGCCUCAAUGUUCCGCACCGCCAGAGACUUAGCGCGGCCAUCUUUGAGCCAGGAGGCACUAAACGCCCACGAUUUGGGCUCAGAAUCCGACAACGAGGAGGACACAGACAGGAGACAAGAACCUCUCACGAAGGCAGACCUCCACAACAUGCUCAAAGAAGCCACAGCAGAAAUAAAGGCCCACACAGCGGCAGAACUAGAGCGGCACAUCUCAGGCAUUAAGGAAGACCUCGAGGCCCUCAACACCUGUGCAACACAGGCAGAAUCAGACAUUACACUGCUCCAAUCAACCUCAUCUCAACAUGGGCAAGACAUCUAUUACCUAAGCGACAAGAUACAGUAUCUGGAAGACAGCUUGGAAGACCUAAACAACCGUUCUCGCAGAAAUAAUAUCAGGAUAAGAGGCCUACCGGAAGCUGUGGAUGCCGACGCCAUUUUACCCACGCUCCGCGACCUCUUUCAUACAAUACUACCAGACUCCACCGAACAGGAACGCGACAUCGAACGGGCCCACAGGGCACUGAGGCCCCUGGCGCUCAAUCCCACCUCACCUAGGGACGUUAUAGUCCGCAUGCAGCACUUCGCCACAAAAGAAAAGAUAAUGGCUGCCACCAGGACCUCACCACCAAAAUAUGGAGCCUCCACGUUGGCCUUUUUUCAGGAUCUGGCACCGUCUACCCUAAAGAAAAGAAGGGACCUGAAACCCCUGACGAUGGCCUUAGCCAAAAAGGGUCUGAAGUAUAGAUGGGGCCAUCCUUUUAAACUACAAGUGCACCUGGGCGACCAAGACCACAUUCUACACCACCCCGCGGAAAUGGAGGACUUCGCUGCAGCCCUGGGCCUCCAGCUCUUCACCGGGACGCAGGCUGCCGACCGGUACAGCACAGCUCACGGAGGAAAUCACAGAGCAGCACAACUACCCCGAAACCAAGCUAAGAAGAGACCCCCGCCACGGGCUGAGAAUACCGACCCAACGGCUACCUGAUGGACACGCAGCAAACAGGUUUCCCGUGUAGGGAGGCAUGCUAGAUGAUGGGACAGGUUCUAUAUAUUUACUUACUAUACUAUCACAAGCCACAUAAAGUAUUUCAUGCAUACAUGUAAUGUUUUGCAGUACAGUAGCUGUUGAUACAGGGACCAGGGACUGAAGCUGCAGGGCCCACGUAGCACUGCUAACAAAAGACCACCAACACUGACACCCUGGGUACCCCCCCCUUACCAGCACGCACCCACCUUCCAGACACUGCACACAGCUCUACUUCUAAAGAGCCCCCAGUCCACAUCAACCAAAACAGGAGCUGUAUUACACACGCAAAACACACACACCAAAGAUAUGGUAUGGGCGGUAAAAUCUGGAGUGUGGAUCCCACAGUAGGAGGUUAAACAAAUGUAAAUAAGUUAUGAAUAUGAACGGUUAAUAUGUUUAAUGUUUAGUACAGCUCAGUAAGUCCAGACACUUGGACACAGUCGGACGCCCUUCAGACUUGGAGUAUUCAACUGCCCCAAAAAACCCUAAGGGCCACAGAACAGUCACACAAAACUUAACAUGGGCAACCCCCAUCUUUUCCGAGGGCGCUACUCUAACACAACAGAGCAUGCACAGACACCCACUGAACGCCACCACCAAUUGCCACUGACAGAGGUGAUGCCAUAGCAGACUCGAGGUAACAGCAUAUUUAAAAAAAAAAAAAAAAAAAAAUUAUUACAAAAAAAGAUAUACUCUCGAGUCCCGGAACACUAUCUGAUACUCUGCUUCAUACUACAAUUAUAAGCCUGCACACCUCUAACCCCACAGUGA